AUGUCAGCCACCGCUGUGCCUGAGAAAACUCCCGAUGACUCCUCCAAGCUGAAGACGUUCCUCUCGAUCUUACGAAAGUUCGUGGGUGUGACGGAUAUCGCAUCGGUUCGCUUCUCGUUGCCGGCUCAACUUUUGGAACCUCGCCCGAAUCUGGAAUACUGGAACUACUUGGAUCGACCGGAGACCUUUGCUAGCAUUGGAAAAUCCGACGAUGAAUUGGGACGGAUGCUGGAGGUGUUGAGGUUCUGGUUCACCAAGGACUUGAAAUACAUCAAGGGAAAACCAUGCAAGCCUUAUAAUUCGACUUUGGGCGAGUUCUUCCGGUGCAGCUGGGAGGUGCAAGACUUCGUCCCGGAAGAGGCCAAUCUCCCCGGAGUCGAUGCCGCCACGAACGGCACUACCGUCCACGAUGGCGACGAGAAAGUCAAGGUCUGCUAUCUAACCGAGCAGACUUCCCACCACCCGCCAGUCUCAGCCUUUUACAUUGACUGCCCCGAGCGCGGAGUGUCUGCGCGCGGCUUCGACCAGAUCAGCGCCAAAUUCACCGGCACAAGCAUUCGUGUCAGCCCCGGUCAGCACAACCUGGGUAUCUUUGUCAACAUCGAGAAGCGGGACAACGAGGAGUAUCAGUUGACCCACCCUCAUGCUCACCUCGGAGGACUGCUGCGCGGUGCUCUGGCCAUAACCGUCUCGGAUGCCUGCUUCAUGAUAUGCCGCAAGACACGGAUCAAGGCGAUCUUGCAGUACGUGGAGGAAGGAUGGAUCGGCCGGUCUCAACAUAAGCUCGAAGGCGUAAUUUUCCGCUACGACCCCGACAACGAUACCAUCACAAGGCUGAAAGAUGUAGCCGAGAGCGACGUUCUUGCCCGAAUCAGCGGGUCCUGGCAUGGCAAGAUCUACUACACUCCCACGGGGUCCAAGGAGCCUCGUCUGCUCAUCGACAUCACGCCUCUGCACCCGGUGGAAAAGAUUCUCCCUCCUGCCGAGCAGCAGUUGUCAAACGAGUCUCUCAAGUUCUGGGGACACGUCACGGACGCCAUCUUGGACAAGCAAUUCACGGAAGCCACGCGGAUCAAGCAGGAGAUCGAAGAACGCCAGCGUCAGAAAGCCGCCGAGCGCAAAGAGAAACAGGAGGAAUGGAAGCCUCGCUUCUUCACCGGCGCCGUGACGCCUCUAGGCAAGCCCGAGCUAACUGAGGAAGGCCAGAAAGCUCUGGAAGGUAUCCGAAGCGGGCAGUACGUGCUGGAGGAAAGUACAGAGAAGGGCGCAUAG